GCCUACAUUUACACCAACGGUUAUCUCAUCUGUUAUCUCUUAUGGAAUAUGAAUAACUGUAUGUAUUUCAAUAUUACGUGAGUUUUUAAAAGUAUAAGGGAAAUGUAUGAUGAUAGCAAUAAUACAAAUAAAGAUGUAUUUCAAGAACCUCGAAAAAAAUUUUGGCUGCGAACAAGAAAACGUCCAAAAAGUGAUGCUAUUAGUAUCAACUCAAUGGACAUAUCUAUCGAAUCAGAUGUAGGCAAAAAGAAAAAAAGAAGAAGAAUUACAGAAGUGGCCAGCAGCAUCUUUUCAUCUUCUACUCUAGGUAGUAAACAAGGAAAUAAUUUUCAUAGAUCUUUCACAAUUCAACCAAAUACAUCAGACUUGCCAUUUGUGAAUAAUGAAGCAGAUACAGGAACAUUAAAGAAAAAGCACAAAAAUAAUAUUGAAAACUCUAAUAAUAUUACACUCAGAAGUUGGGUACUUGAUGUAGCAAAUACAAAUAUCAAGGAUAAACCUAAUUAUGUUUUGAGCAGAAAAGAAGUGAAAAGACAAGAAGCAAUUUAUGAAUUGUAUUGUGGAGAAAAUGUAUUCAUUAAUGACUUAUGUGUUCUCAAAGAUUGUUACUAUGAACCACUGAUAUCUAGUAGUAUUUUUAGUUCUGAUGAAUUAGUUACAGUUUUUGGAGAUAUAACACAAUUCAUUGAAAUACAUAAUAGAUUGAGAAAUGAAUUAAUUGGUCUAAGAGAUAAAUAUGGAUUUACAGAAAUAGUUGGAUCUACAAUAUUAAAUUGGAUUCCAACAUUAACAAACCCAUACCUGGAAAGGUGCCGAACACAAAUAUGGGCAAAACACUUGUUAGAUGAAAAAAGGUUGACAAACAAACGUUUUCAAUCAUUUUUAAAAAAACGUUUAGAAUCUCCUCAUUCAAUAGAUUUGUGGACUUAUAUAGAUGUAGCAAGAUCAAGAAUUGUUAAAUACCCUUUAUUGAUUAAGGAAAUAUUAAAGCAUACUGUAGCAACACAUGCAGAUGAAACAUCCUUAAAAGAAGCAUAUGAUUUGAUAUCUAAUUUACUUAAAAAUAUAGAUAAAACCAUGGGUGAUGCAGAAUGCAAAUUGGCUCAAUCAAAAAUUAAUGUAAAGCUAGAUUAUGAUCCUAGUAAAUGCAUUGAGAAUGCAACAGAGUUAAUCACUCAAGGGCAGCUUAAAGAUACAAGGGGAAUGAAAUUUCAGUGUUUUCUUUUUAACACUGGCUUUGCAAUAACUCGUGGAACAAGAUCUUCAAGUAAAAGGUACAAUUUAUUUUGUCCUGUUAUACUCAAGGAACAAAUCUGCAUAAGUACAAAUGAAAAGUUUGAUUAUGGAUUUAAAAUUGGAGAUCAAAUUUUAAUAACAGAAGAUGAACAUGGAAAAAGACAUUGGAUUGAUUCGUUUAGUAAAGUUUACAAAUGCAAUAUUAGUCCAUCACAAAAUGUAAUUGACAUCAGUGAAAAAGAAAAUGAGGAAAUUUUAACAACAUCAAAAACAAUUCGAUCUACUAGAUUGUCUAUGAAUAAGACAAGUGAAAAUAAUUUUUCAUUAACAUUAAAAAGGAGUUUUUUAAAACAGAAACGUAGCAGCAGCAUUGGUUUUGUUUAACAUUAGACAACUUUGAAUUUAUUAUUUUAUGUUCAUACAUUAUCAUAUAUAAAUAGAAAUAUAAUUUAGAUCCAUUAAAAAAACGUUUAGUUCGAUCGUACUAGGAACAUCUGUGUGUAUCAUAAAUUAUUGUUAAAUUCGCUCAUAUUUCAUUACGCUUUAAAGAUCACAUUCCAGUUUCAAACUAAAAGAAUUAUUAUAUAUUAACAUGUGUACUUACCUAUGUAUUAUUUACAUAUUUUAAAGUAAAUAGUAUUAGUGUAAAAUAUAUAAAUUAUAUAUGUAUACAUAUUCAUAUAUUUAAGUACAUAAUAGAGGUGCUAAUGUGAAGAUAAUGAUAAUAAUAAUAAUAUAUACAUAUAUUAUUAUUAUAUUAUUUAUAUAUAUAUAAAUGUAAACACAUACUAGUUAAGAUAUGAACUAAAUAUUUUUAAUAAAUCUGUACAAAUAUUUCUGAUAUUAAUUGUAAGAAAAAAUGGGGAUCAAUUAAAGUGAUUGUAAAUGCAAUUUAUAUAGGUAUGCACAUUUAUGUAUUUAAAAAUGGAAUUAUUUUUUUAUGGAUAUUUUAAAACAUAAUAAAAAAAAUGAAAAUCGGGAAUUUA